GUUCAAUUAAUGGCAUUGGAUCAUUUUUUUCCAGUUCUUUUGUUGUAAGCAUUGAUGAUUCGCAGGACGAUAAGCAAUUUGCCAUGGUGGAACUUUCAGACUGAACACCGUCAGCGCUGUGUUCUUAUGUACGGUGGUGCUCGUGUGAAAAACACUCAUAAUGCUAACCAUCGUGUGUUUAUUAAAAAAUACCGUCGCAAUGCAUUUCCAAAUCGUACUAGACAUCACUGGGCGGUUAGUAUGACCGGUAUUGCAGGACAGCGACCACGCCGAAUGCCAUGGCCGUAUGAUAUCACGUCAAUGAUUUUUAACCAGCCCCGCCAAGGAUCUGAUAAAAUUGGCUACGUGGUAGGCACAAGUAUGCUUAAGACGGCGAUUGUUGCUAGUAAUCACAUGGUGUAUUAUCCUAAGUUUAAUCAAAGGGUCGCCCGUACAAGUCGAUUUUUUGCCCAUGACGAGGACUUGGCCUGUGUAGAGGGCGAUCUUGUACACAUUAAGCAAUGCCGAAAAAUAUCAAAGUACAAACACUACUACAUCUUUAGCAUUCUUGAACCGAAUAUUGAGGGACGUGAGCGACUGAAGCUUGGUCUUAAAGCAGUUCCUCCACCCUUAUUUGGCUACCCCGUUUCGCGUCGCAUUGUCAAGUUAAACUUGACUAACGUGGAUAGCACAAAGGAGAAGCUGGCAGCAGCGAUACAGGAACACGUGCAGGAUGCCUACCGAUACGCAGGUAACACACCAAAUGAACCACGUGCAAAGCUCUCAGAUACGGUUUCAUUCGAUGAGGCAAACAAGAUGAUUGCGCCAAACGCCUCUGAGUCGCCUGAACUUCCUUUAUCAGAAGAAGCAAACGCACUAGAGGGGUCCCUUUCUGAAGAGUUCAACGAGAUGGAUCGUGACACUCGCCAAAAGAAAGGCGAAGAUUUUUGGAUGAACUUAGAACCUAAGGAUAAAUAUGAUUUCACUAAUCUAAAGAAAUCUCCAUGAUUAUGUGGAAUAAGAUGCGAUUACUCUCACUUUCGCAGUGUUUCAACGUUUUUUCUGAUCUUGGUUUUCGAAGCACUCAUGUUGAAGUAGUUUGCGAAAUAUAUUUUCAACAGAUACAGUUUUAGUUAUCGCUGAAGUGGGCAGUUUUUGCGCCUACUGUAUAUAUUUAUUUUCUCGCUGUUGAUGUGAUAGAAAA